GGGAGAACGGGAGAGAGAGGGAGGAAGUAGGAGAGGGAGAAAUGGAGAGGGGGGAGAUUGAUAGCAUCAUGUCAGGACUCAGUAGCGUCCUGUUUCUUCACUCUACAUUAUACCUUUCAUUUGGACGCUGUACAGCAAACAGGAGUAGCAGCGUGUGAGGGGACAGCUUUCCCUCCCCUGUGGGAAACAGAGUGCGGCUCCUGCCCAGGACACACACACAAACUACACACACACUCACACGUGUGCUGCGAAGAACACUAUCGACACAGGGAUGCACCAUGAAGUCUCAGCAGAAAUGCAUCGUAAUCUUUGCUUUGGUGUGCUGUUUCGCUGUCCUGGUGGCCUUGAUCUUCUCGGCGGUGGAUGUCUGGGGAGAGGAUGAAGACGGUAUAACAGAAGAGAACUGUAACAAGAACUGCAGGGUAGUGCUUGUGGAGAAUAUUCCAGAAGAUGUCACCUUCUCUGAGAAUGGUACGGCCCACCUCAACCUCUCUGCUGGGCUGCACAGCCUACUGGACCUGGCCGUGGCUGGUCGUUCUGUGGAGAUUGUGUCACCACAAUGGAACCUGAACUCAUCUGACACUGAAUCAAGCUUCCUACCAUCUUCUAGGCAGGGUCAGGCUUUGCUGCAAAGACUGCAGGGGCUGAAGAAGAAGGGAGUCAAUUUGAAGAUAGCUAGUGGAAUGAUCGACUCUGUAGAGCUCAAGAGCCUCUCUCGUCUGAGUGAGGUGCACUACAUUAACAUGACUGCCCUGACCAAAGGCUUCCUGCACUCUUCUUUCUGGGUGGUGGACAGGAAGCACAUCUACAUCGGCAGUGCCACCAUGGACUGGCGAUCACUGUCUACGAUGAAAGAACUGGGGAUCAUCAUCUACAACUGUAGUUGUCUGGCAUUGGACCUGCACAGGGUAUUCAACCUCUACUGGCAGCUGCAGUAUAAGGACUUUGUACCGUCCAUCUGGUCCAAGAGGCUGAGUGCCCUGUGGAACAAAGAUGAAAACCUCCCACUUCUCUUCAACAACACCAAGGCUGAGGUCUUUCUCUCUAGCUCUCCAGAUGUCUUCUGCCCUAAAGACAGGACCAGAGACCUCGACGCCAUAUCCUAUGUGAUCCAAAAGGCCAAGAGGUUCAUCUAUAUAUCCAUUACAGACUACCUGCCUCUCACUAACAGGAAUUCUCACAGAUACUGGUCAGGUAUAGAUGGGAUGCUUCGGGAGGCCUUGAUCCUGAGAAACAUCAAAGUGCGUCUGUUAGUAAGCUGCUGGGAGCAGACACACCCCCUGACCUUUAACUUUGUGUGGUCCCUGAAGACCUUGUGUAUGGAGCUCCCUAACUGUUCACUGGAGGCUAAGUUCUUCAGCACCAGGGAGCAGAGAGAUGGCACGCUACAGGGAAUCAACCAUAACAGAUUCAUAGUGACAGACAGUGCUGUGUACAUAGGGAACUUUGACUGGGUGGGGAAUGAGUUUAUGUUCAACGCUGGAGCAGGCAUGGUGAUCAGUCAGGCAGAGGGGCUGAAGGAGAGGAACUCAACGUUGGUGGAACAGGUGAGGGCUGCGUUCCAGCGGGACUGGUAUUCACGCCACACCAUGAGCCUGCAGGCUAACAAGAUCCCAGUCUGCAACAAGCACCAGCUCAACCAACUGGCACAUCUCAAAAUCACUCAACCACCAGAGAGCAGUGGGAGUCAGGAGAGUCCCAAUGGCUCCUUCUGAAUCCAAAGACAUGUGGUGUGUUACAAGACUGUUUUAUGCAGGCUUUAAGAGAAAAAUAACUGUUUGAAUGCUGAAAUCGGUUACAACUUGUUUUUAGGUAAUAUUUGUUUUUCUAUCACGUCUGCUGUUUAUUUCAUCCUCUAUGACUGUUUCUUACAUAAGACAUGGGCAGGGAACUGAUGAAAUUAAUAUAUUUUCUAUUGAUUGCCAAACCUAAAUAUAGUUAAUUGUUUAAUCCAUUUUACCAAUAAUGUCAUCAUUUAUCACAACCCUUUAAAACCCUCUCUGACCAAAACACAGUUGGAGCAGCAUGGACAGUAUUGUGGAGAUACAGUAUAUCCUAUACAAAUCUAUACUCCAAGGAUGUUUACCUUGUGUCUUCAAUAUUCAUUUUUAAAGUGCAGAAUUCCUUCAGCCUCGACCAAAUGAACAGGUGCCAUUUGUCAGUUGGACAACAGCUGAUCAAACAAACCGAAUGGGAAAAUAACAGACUACCAGAAGCAUGUCUUGAUCUCAUCUGACUCAUAAGCUUUCGGGUGUUUAUUGUUGCAGAGUACAGACAAUUAUGCUCCAUUGGCAUCAAUAUAUUUUGGUAUUGCAUCUAAAAUCCUGUUUUGGUAUCAACUAGAAUGUAUACUUGAUUAUGUUUAAUAUCACCAUGCCAGGGGUUGAUCUCGGAAUCUUAACUAAAUUUCCAGGAUUAUGAUACAUUAACCAAUUUUAAGAUGAAAAAAAACGUUGCAUAUUUUAUUCUAUUCUGUAUAUUGUCUUUGUUGGAAACACUCAAAAGGGUAGAACUAGAUAUGUAUUCAACUUUAAAUAGAGCUUUAGGCCUCUUGUGUUGUUUUAACAUGAUCAAGAAAUUGAUCUAUUACUGAAUUUUUUAUGAAAUUUACAUUUCUGUAAAAAGGUGUCUUGCUUCCUUGAUUAUAUUGGAAAGUAUUGAAAACCAUCACUACAGAAACACAACUUCUCUGGGCUUUACUUAGUUUGUAAAUGGAUAUGCUACCAUACCACUGUCAUAUGCUGUCAUAUGAUAAACAGAGAAACAGCAACAGAGGUCGAUAGCACACUAACGUUGGAAGGUGCUGAGCUGCCAUUUAAGGUCUAAGGUAUUCGUUUGGUCAAGUGACAAGACUAGACAAUGAUUUACCUAAUGGAAUAUUGGAAAUUGAUUCCCACGGUCUUCAUGGAUAAUUGGGUUUCUUUCUGGUAUAACUCAGCUGGAAAAAGGUGUCUAACGAGUGGUACAACUGUAGCUCUCUUUGGAAGCAGAUGUUGACUUAUUUACCAGAUAUUGAAAAAACAGUUGUUGGAGGGGAUUUCAGUCAGUAAGAUCAAUAGCAUGAAUUUUUAAAGACUGCUAGACACCAUUUCCAGUUUCCCCUAAGGACAUGUUUUGAAAUAAGACCGCAUGCAUUGCUUAACUUAACACUGACAGAGAAAAUAACCACAGCAUCUCUUUACAUCACCCGCAUGAUACAAGCUUUGCACCUGAUCAUCAAAGAUGAUCAACUACAGGAGUUGUUAACAUCUUUUUAUGAUUAUGUCACGCCAAUUAAUAAAUUCUGUAUGUAAUAGCC